GUACAGUUUUGGAUCACAGAGCUUUCUCUCUCUCCCUCUCUCACUGUAUAUAAAAGAGCGCCACUAGGGGAUUCUGUUCAACUCUGGUCGAAGUCUAUCCUGUAAAAAAAACAUAUUUAGACUACAAAUCUAAGUGCAGGAGGGAGAAGAGAAAGAAAGAGAGAAGAGAAAAGAAAGAGAGAAAAUCUAGUCUAAGAAAGAGAAGUUGCUUGAUUGUUGCAAAAAUCGACGUCUGGAUUUCUGGAAUUGCCACCGCUGUGGUCGUUGCCUUUCCGGAAUACGCCGGCUAUGGGCAGAUUGGAGAAUGGGCUGGCACAAGCGCGUGCUUCUGCAUACCCUUGGGACUUCGGAGGCUGUUUCACGGGUCGUGGAGCUGAUCAGAUUUGAUGGUCGGUCAGAAUUUUUAUGAUUGGUCACUGGAGCUUGGACCGAAGCUAAAAACUGGGAACUGUUAGCUGUUUCUAGAGGCCGAUCAGGGAUGUUGAACAAGAUCAUUGGGAAGAGGGGGAGCCGUAAGCCUUCCAAAUCUGAUGCAAAUGAGCCGUCAGUAUUCGCGAAUUCUUCAUCCGGCCUUCGCAAUUCCGCGUCGGUCUCCAAUCCAACCAGUAUUUCCACGUCUAACGCAACUGUAAAUAGCAAUGCGAAUAGAAGCAACGCCACUGGCCAAACUGGUGCAGAUAGAGUUCUGGCUACCACGCCUUCGACUGCGGGAGCCAUUGAGUUGCUACCACUUUUCAGGGAAGUUCCCGUCUCUGAGCGGCAGAAUCUGUUCAUCAGGAAGCUUCAAAUUUGUUCUGUCAUUUUCGACUUCUCGGACAGUCUGAAGUUUGUCAGAGAGAAAGAGACCAAAAGACAGACUUUGCUUGAGCUUGUUGAUUUCAUUCAAUCGGGUUCGGGGAAGAUCACUGAACAUGUUCAGGAAGAACUGGUCAAGAUGAUUUCGGUUAAUAUCUUCCGCUGCUUGCCCCCUGCUUCUCAUGAGAACACCGGGUCAGAAAAUGCUGAUCCAGAGGAAGAGGACCCUUUUCUUGAACCAUCAUGGCCGCACUUACAAAUUGUUUAUGAGCUUCUUUUGCGAUAUGUUGUUUCUUCAGAUACAGACACUAAGAUUGCUAAGAGGUACAUUGACCAUUCCUUUGUUCUGAAGCUGCUUGAAUUGUUUGAUUCAGAGGAUCCACGGGAAAGAGACUUUUUGAAAACCAUUCUCCACCGGAUAUAUGGGAAAUUCAUGGUUCAUCGCCCCUUCAUAAGGAAGGCAAUCAAUAACAUAUUUUAUAGAUUUAUAUUCGAGACAGAGAGGUAUAGUGGUAUUGCCGAGCUUUUGGAGAUCCUGGGAAGCAUUAUAAACGGGUUUGCUUUGCCAUUGAAGGAGGAGCAUAAGUUGUUCCUUGUUCGGGCACUUAUCCCACUCCACAAGCCUAAAUCAGUAUCAAUGUAUCAUCAACAAUUGUCUUAUUGCAUAACCCAAUUUGUCGAGAAGGAUUACAAACUUGCGGAUACAGUGAUAAGAGGACUGUUGAAGUACUGGCCUGUCAUUAACUGUCAGAAGGAGGUCCUCUUUCUUGGCGAGUUGGAGGAAGUUCUUGAAGCAACACAAUCAGCAGAGUUCCAGCGCUGCAUGGUUCCGCUCUUUAGGCAAAUAGGCCGCUGUCUCAAUAGUUCACAUUUCCAGGUAGCUGAACGUGCCCUUUUCCUAUGGAACAAUGAUCACAUUGUCAGCUUGAUAGCUCAAAACCGUAAUGUGAUUUUCCCAAUUAUCUUCGAAGCCCUGGAGAAGAACAUACAAUCUCAUUGGAAUCAGGCUGUUCAUGGGUUGACUCUGAACGUCCGGAAGAUGUUUGCAGAGAUGGACAAUGACCUAUUACUUGAAUGCCAACGCCAGUAUCUAGAGAAAGAGGCCAAGGCAAAGGCAUUACAAGAGAAGCGUGAAUUGAUAUGGGAAAGACUUGAAGCAGAGGUGGCAGCCAAAGCAGGAAGUGGGGAAAUGGUGCUGGUAAGUUAAGGGGCACAAUAUUUUUGACAACAAUGUUGCUCCGGGCCUGUUUGAAGGACAUAAGUUACUAAAUGGAGUGAUGACUGGUGAGUCUGGUUGUAAUUGUAUCGAGGGUCAUGAUGGUCUGUUGUCUGUGAAUUUCCAUCCUUUUCCGUUGUCUUCUGUUUGGAGGCUCUUACACAAGUGGGAUGCAAUGUCGAUGAUGGACAAGAAGGAACUUGGUUAUUGAUUAGGAGGGCUCAGUGGGUGCAUCGAUUCUGUUCCUUACGGAAGCUGUAGAAUGAUUUUUUUUUUUCUUGGUGUAACAUCAUGUCUAGAAAUGUUCCUUUUAUUUCUUGAACAAAAUGAAAUAGUACAUGUUAGUUAUCUUGGUGCUCUGGCUCUGUUAAUCUUCCUUGGGAAUAUAUUUCUGUACUUCCUUUUUCA